UGCUCUUUAGCCUUGCCCGUAAACAGACAGCAAGGAGGCUCACACAGAACACCCACCGUGAUAGCGAGCAGGAGCUUAGUGUCAGCUGACUGCACCUGGCCGGGUAACGUGAGAGCGGGCCGACUGCCAGAGACAGUGUCUAUCAUGGGGAAGUCUUUUUCUCGCACGCCACCUCAAAAUUUAAAGGAGGAGCAUUGUGACAUCAAUUCACAAUCGGAUGAUCGAAAUAGGUUGAUGAGCCCAGAAAACCAAGAGGAAAACAAGAAUGGUGAUGUGUCUCAUUUCCCUUAUGUGGAGUUUACUGGAAAAGACAGUGUAACUUGUGCCACAUGCCAAGGAACAGGUCGCAUUCCAAGAGGUCGAGAAAACCAGCUUGUAGCAUUGAUUCCAUACAGUGAUCAGAGAUUGCGCCCCAGACGAACAAAACUGUAUGUCAUGGUAUCUAUUGUGGUUUGUUUACUUCUUUGCGGCCUGGGUGUCUUUUUUCUGUUUCCUCGUUCUGUUGAUAUACAGUAUGUUGGAGUGAAAUCCGUCUAUGUUGGUUACGACGAAGGUGGCUCCGUGGUAUAUUUGAACAUCACUAACACCCUGAAUAUAACAAACAACAACUAUUACCCUAUUGGUGUGGAUAGUAUUACUGGACAAGUUCAGUAUUUCAAAACUGUCAUUGGGAAAGCAAAAGUAACUAACAUUACCAGCAUUGGCCCUCUCGAUAGGAAACAGAUUGACUAUACCGUGCCUGCUAAAAUAGGGAAAGAGUUCGACUAUAUGUACACUUACUGUACUCUUCCCAGUAUAAAGGUGCAUAACAUAGUGGUGAACAUGCAAGUCACUGUGUCAAUUUCCUAUUUGGGACAUCCAGAGCAGUUAUCUCAAGAAGAUUACGAAUAUGUAGACUGUGGAGCAAAUGUAACACGAGCUCUUGGCAAGUCAGGUCUCCUGGUGAAAUGGUGAUUUGCACUUUUCCAAGCCAACAUUUGCAUUUUGCUUAGUUGUGAAAAAACAUGUACUUUGAAAGCUGACACUCUCUUUUAAUCAAAGGUAUUGAUACGACCAGACUAUGUUCUAAUUCUGUGUUCUAGAGAUCAAAAAAUUCAAGGCACAAAAGCAAAUUUAUGGGGCUUGUCACACAUCCUUAAUUAGAGAAUCUGUAAAUACGCCUGUAAAUAUGUCUCUCUAUAUGCUUGGAUAUGCCGUUGAUAUAUUCUGAGUAACAUAUUUUAUGAAGGAUAGGUAUUUUCCUUUGUUUUUAACAAGUUAUUAAAGACACAACUAGUGUACUUUUAUGUUUAACCUUUUUUUUACUGUGUUGCUUUGGUUUGUUUUCUUUACCCAUAAUUGUGCUAAUAAUUAUUUACCAAUUACUAAUUAUUGUUCUGGCAUUUUCCUUGUGUACAGUAAAAAAGUUUAAACAUGAUUCACGUUUAUGUAAUGUAAAAUUAAUUUAGUUUGGCGGUGGGAAAACCAUUUAAUUCAGUUUGUUUAGUGGGGGUGCAUUUAAGAGAGAGAGUUGAGGGGGAGGUCGGAUCAUGAAAGGCACAUACUACUAAUAGACAUACGUUUCUGAACUUGUGAGGAAAUUAGAUAUUGGUCAGGUCAAAUCAAGGGCAUUGUUGGUGUCAAUUAAUACUGUUUUUAGCAUCUGAUGUUGUCUUUUCAGCAAUUGGGUAAUUAUGGAGAGAGUUGUUAUCCCCUAAUCAGUGAUAAGCUCCCCUUUACAAAUGUUCAAAUCCAAGACACGUCUGAGGCCAACUUGGCUCAUUUCUUCAUUAAUCAAUGUGUUAUUUAAUGCAAAAAAAAAAGAUAAAGUUCAAAAGCAUAUCCAAUAUUUUUGUCAUUAAAUAUAUUUGCUAUCCAAAAAUAGCAUUAAUACAUGUCUGCAAUUAAUUUGACAUCUUGUUAAAUUGUGUACUAUCGGUUUUACUUAAUCAUCUAAAAACAAUGCUGCCCAUUAAGGGGCUCACCAAUAGCUUUUAAUUAAUUCUAAGUUACUAUUAUGGUCACUUAAGUUAGAAGGAAAAUCUUUAUAAUUUGAAAAGAAUGUUAAUGUUUUUUUUAAAAAUGUGAAAUUUUAAUUUCUUUGCUUUAUCUUUAAACGUAGUUGUAUGCUUUUGUCCAACAUAAAGCUGUUCAUUAAGUCAAAGCACGGUCAUUAAAUAAUAUGGAUUACCCUGUGUAAUAAACUACCUAGCAGUCCCUAUAUUGUCUCUAGAACUAAAAUGCAGCCUCACCCUGCUUUUCAGUAUUGAGUACAAAUAUCUGGAUUUGUUUAUAUUGUAAUAGAUGUAUCUGGAUCUGGAUGCUACAGACCACAAUAUCCAGCAUUAUCAGCAAUCCAUUGAAUGGUGUAGAAUAGAUUCUGCACAUACCUCUGUGUACAUGCGUAGAUUGACAAUUCCUGGUACUCAAAGCGUCUGAUGAUUUACCUUCUUAACUCGCAAGGAAGCAUAGGCCAAGAUGUUCUGUAGUUCUUCACAUUCAUCAGUAAUGCGCAACUUUGCAAACCCAAGUCCUGUGUACUAUAACCUCUAUAGGCUCAAAGGUUACGGUCAUACAUGUGUAAUGUGGUUUGUGCAGUGCAGAACAUGGUUCUAUUGAAGGGGCAACCUCUUGCUACAGUUGAAGAGCAGAUACUAAUUCAGUUGAAAUAAUUUAUUCACAAUGCUCCAUAGUUGAUAUCUGGGCUGCACAGAGCCAGAAUGAUUGAAUAACAGGGCAGCGCCCGCAGAUGGUAAGCAGGCUUCCAUCAUCCACUCUACAGCGCCAAUGGAUAGCUGGGAGUGUUGGAAAUCGUUUAUGCAGAGUAAUAGGAGUAUAAUACCAAUGUGUCAACGCUUGCAUCUUGGCAUUAGGGAAGAGCAUCUGUUUGUCCUAGCCUCUGUCCGUGAAUGAGACAUGCUAGUGUUUACUCCCAUUUUGCCAUAAGUGGACGGGGGAAGUGGAUAAUUUUUUAAAUUGUAUUUAUACCCAGCAUAUUAUACAACAGUGAUUCUCCUGUGCUUGGGUACUUAUCGCCACAGCAGAGUUCUUCUAAGCUUCUCAGCACUCACUUUAGACAAGACUUCUAGGGAUUAACCCCUUAAGGACACAUGACAUGUGUGACAUGUCAUGAUUCCCUUUUAUUCCAGAAGUUUGGUCCUUAAGGGGUUAAAAGAUCUGUACUCUGAGGUUUGGUAUCAGGCUGAAAUAAUAUAUGCAACUCCUCUGGUAGUAAUCUCUUGAAAAUGUCACAUUAUUCUUUUACUCAUCACAAAUCUUGACUUUUUUUUUACUCAGAUCAUGAGGAAACCAAUCAUCCCGUGAUUUCCAUGUAUUUAUAUGUGUCUUUUUGUAUAGGUCAUCAUUUAUGUUGUUGCUGAUCUUUAAAUGGAUCAUUCCAGGCUGGAAUUGACUCUUUUUGUGUGUGUGUGUGUGUGUGUGUGUGUGCAUUAAAAAUAUGUCCUAGAAGGAGUAUUACCUAUACAAGAAUAUGAUCAACCAUUGAGGAUUAAGAAAUAACUUUUCUAUUCGGCUUUCAAAAUUAAUGGAAUCCUUGUAUAGCAGUGCUUUAUGGUCUGAUGACUGGUUUCUUGAAGUUCCUGUUGCGAUAUUGGCCUUUUACUUUAUGAAAGCUGUUAAAGGGACACUCCGGGCAUCGAUAAAUGUUUUUCAGAAUGCUGCACCAUAGUCCUGCCUCUUUACCCACACCCAUCACUCCAGAAAAAGACCUCCCUAUCAAAUGUGUGUACAUACCUCAACCACUGAUGGUACUGAAUGAUUUGAACAACAAAAUAACCUGCAUUAGAAGGACAGGACACCCACGGAGACACAUAAUAAUGAUAUUACUACCUGUUUGUAGUUUCUCUUACUUUCUGCAGCCAGGUUGGCAAUUAAAAGCAGUUUGGGCUGAAAUUGUGUGCACGUACAGAUAAGGAAGUCUUUCUGGCAUUAAGGGGCGUGGUAAGCUUUUGUUGCUGAAUGAAUUCUGCAAAACAUUUAUUGGUAUACAAACAAAAACAACAAUAUAUGUGAAACACAACCCCAGUGAGAAAUGUAUAAAUUUGGAGCAAACCGGGACUUCCCCUGAAUUUUGGGUGAAGUGUCCUGGAUGAAUCCCCGAAGACUUCCUCUUGUCUUCAAUAGAUAUAUGCAAAUAGGAUAGGGGAAAAUCUGCUAAACACAAGCAAAAUAAAGAAACAUAGCGUAUAACUGUGUGGGGACUGGUAUUAAUGUGUAAUCACAAUUGGACACUCACAAGUUAUUGGAGUUUUAAGUUAUUGGAGUUUGCUUGUGUUUAGCAGAUUUUCCCCUUUCCUAUUUGCAAACAUUUAUUGGUGCCAGGAGUGUCCCUUUAAGUGAAUUACAACUCCUACAAACGUUGUGUGUUUCCCGGUUAGAUGACUAACUAUGUUAUUAGAAGGAGAGCACAUUAGAAAAGCGGGUCAGAGUGUUGGUGGGAUUGUAGAGCUCUGACAUCACAUACGGAGGUACAGUACCCAGAAUGAAGGAAAUAUUAGUUUAUGUGCACUGAAUUUUUAUUUUUAUAUAACAAUUGUAAUGGCACUUUAAAUUUGUAUCCUCCUUUUUGUCAGUCUCAGGGCAUGGUGACACACUUGUGUUCUGAUGAAAGGUGAACAGCAGUUAGUGCCACACUCUAGAAGGGGGUUUCAUUCAUGGGGGGGGGGG